UCUACUGCUUUCACAAAAACGAAUAAGAGUUUUGUCAAUAAAAUAGAAACGUUUAGAGAAAGAAAAAAAAAGAGAGAAGAAAUCCCUUUUUUGUUGCCACACUCCAGCCGGGUAAAUACUAUGGCUCGACCAGAUGGCCAACCGAAUCAGGCACAACCUCAGGUUCAACGUACAGCUAACCAGAACAACGAUGUACUUCCCCAUAACGGUGCAACUGGUAACCAGGCAAACAUACCAACGGGCACACCGGUCAAUUACCAAACACAAAACCGCUGGAGUUCUCAACUUUUCGAUUGCAUGAACGACAGUGAAAAUGCCGUGAUCACAUUGUUAGCUCCAUGCGUCACGUUCGGACAAAUUGCGGAGAUCGUUGACGAAGGCGCGACGCCUUGUGCGACAGCUGGGGUGUUGUACGGUGCGAUAUUUUUUACCGGGGCAUGUUUCGUCUAUUCACACAUAUUCCGGGCCAAGAUACGAAACAAAUACGGGCUACCAGAUGCUCCGGCUCCCGAUUGGAUCACUCACUUAGUCUGUAUGCCAUGUGCUCUUUGUCAAGAGUAUCGUGAGCUCAAGCACCAUGGUUUUGACCCCAUCAUCGGGUGGGCUGGGAAUGCACAAGCACAUCAGCAAGAGAUGAUGGCUCCUCCAACAGGUCAACGGAUGAUGGGUUGACUCAUAAACUUUUGUUAUUUUGUUCACACCAUAUAUGUUGUUCCUGUCUUAUAUCUAUAUAUAUCAUGGGCUUAUGGCCACAAACAAAUGUAAGGCAAUGAUAUAACGUAAUCUUUUCCUAUUUCUGA